AUGGCGAUCAACUAUGGCCAGGGCGAUGCGAACGAGCCGAGCAGGGGAUACCAGUUAUACAUUACCUCACUGGUAAUGAUACUCGCCGCCUCGUUAUUUGUUGCGAUGCGCUUAUCAACUCGGAUAGCAAAUAAGCAGUUCGGAUCUGAUGAUUAUAUGAUUGCAAUCGCAUUGGCUUCUUCAGUUGUUAUGGCAGCCGCCGUCAACUUGGCGGUGGUCAACGGGUAUGGGAAACGUUCAACCGAUCUUGCACCAAAAGAGAAGAACGCAGCGCUCAAAUGGUUCUUCAUAGCCCAAAUUUUUUACAAACCAGCUCUCGGGUUCACGAAGAUUUCGAUUUUGUGUCUCUACCAUCGAGUAUUCGUAUCUCCCCCUUACCCACGCAUAUUCCAGGUCGCGAUCGUGUUGAUUAGCUUAUGGGCGAUCAGCACUACCUUGGCGACGAUAUUCCAGUGUGUUCCGCUAGAAGCGUCCUGGAACAAGAAAGUCAAUGGCAAAUGUAUCCAUAAAAACGCCUUCUGGUACGGAUAUGCAGUGACAAAUACGACCACAGAUUUCAUUGUUUUCCUGCUGCCAAUCCCAGCACUGGUAAAGCUGCAUCUGCACUGGAAGGAGAAGGUUGGAGUUGUGGGCGUCUUUGCUCUUGGAUUCUUUGUGUGUAUCACCAGCAUCAUCCGAACGACUGCUGUUGCGCAAACAACUUCGGGAGAAAAGGAUAUCACUUGGGACUUUAUUCCCAGAUCAACGUGGACCUCGAUAGAAGCAAACACCGGCAUAAUCUGCGCAUGCCUUCCCAUACUGAAGGGGCCUCUCGUCAGGUUAUUCCCACGGCUCUUUAACGCCACGACAGCCAAAUCGAAAGGAUCCUAUCCAUUCAGUCAAGAAUCAUAUAACCUCCACCAGCGGUCCAACAAGAUGAAAAAUAAAAACCUGGGAAGAGAAUACAUGACAACUGUCUCCAGGCCUGAAAGCAUUGUAGCAGAUCCAUGCACGGCAAGCGAGGAACACAUCCUCGACGAAGAGAGAAUCCAUAGGUGGCCUUUGGAGGAUCGAAUUGAGAGGAAAACAGACGUCACCAUUAGCUACAGUAAAAGGGGACCAUCCCAAGAUUUUAGAUAG